GUGGCUGAGAAAUACUAAAGAUGCUGACAUGGCAUCCAAUUUGAUUUUAAACGGAUCAAAAACCCAAAACCUGAGAAUGCCAAGUUUGCACCACCAUCUUUUUUUUUUUCUCUUUCUCUCUCUAGAAAAAAAUACUACCCUCUUCUCUCAAACGACAAUCAUUUACUCACUAAACGACUUCCUUCCUUCCUUCUAAACCGCGAAAUUUAGGAGAGAGAAUAAGGCAGUGUUUGGUUAGGUGGAAAAUUAUUAAAAAAAAAUAAAAUAAAAUGAUGGAUCCAGCGAUUAAAUUGUUUGGGAAAACUAUACCUGUUAUUGGAGAUGAUGAAUCACCUCGUUAUGAUUCUAAUGAAAGUUCUAAUUCUGACCUUCAUGAUGUUGAUGAUAAGGAAUCCACAGAAGAUGCAAUGGAGAUCGAACAGUCUGACGAUCCUGCACCACCACCUGAGGAAGACUCCAUUAAUCCACCAAUAAUGUCAGAUACUAAUGACAAUGAGAAAGCACCUGAUUCUGAGAAGGAAUCUGAAGAGAUGGAUGAGAAGGAGUCAGAUGAUCAGAAGAGUUCGCAGCAGAAGACGUUGAAGAAACCGGAUAAGAUACUCCCAUGUCCUAGGUGCAAUAGCAUGGACACGAAGUUCUGCUACUACAAUAACUAUAAUGUCAACCAACCUCGACACUUUUGUAAGAGCUGCCAGAGGUACUGGACUGCUGGUGGUACAAUGAGGAAUGUUCCUGUAGGAGCAGGAAGGCGAAAGAACAAGAGCUCCGCAUCCCGAUAUUGCCACAUCACGGUUUCUGAGGCUCUUCAAGCAGCUCGUCUUGAUGUUCCAAAUGGAGUUCAUCACCCGGGCUUGAAAACCAAUGGAACGGUCUUGACCUUUGGACCAGACAAUCCCCUUUGUGAAUCAAUGCUUAACAUUGCAGAUCAGAAAGUCUUGAAUGGCACCACUGCCACUCCUAGGAAUGGGUUCCAUAACAUGGACCAGGCUGUUUGUAGGAGCAAGGAAAACGGGGAUGAUCGAUCUAGUGGAUCAACAGUCACCACAACAAGUUCAAUGGAUGAGAAGGUAACGGCAGGCCAACAAGGGCAAAUCAAGCAAAACUUAAAUGGUUUCACCAAUCAAAUGCCCUGCUAUCAAUGGCCUUACAUGUGGAAUCCGGCAGUUCCUGUACCACCAUUUUGCCCUUCAGCUUUCCCUAUGUCAUUUUACCCCCCUCCUCCUUAUUGGAAUGGUGCAAUGCCUUGGAACUUCCCUUGGGUGUCUCCAUGUCCCCCUGGCCAAAAAAGCCCGGGAUCCAACCCUAAUUUCCCAACUCUAGGGAAGCAUUCAAGGGAUGGAGAAAUGCUUAACCAAAGUGAAAAUGAGAAGACUAUAGGAACGCCCACUGUUUUAGUACCAAAGACAUUGAGAAUUGAUGAUCCGGAUGAGUCUGCCAAGAGUUCUAUAUGGAGUACACUUGGGAUUAAGAAGGGUGACUCUGUAAGUAAAGGAGGAGGUUUUUUCAAUACCUUACAGUCAAAGAAGAAAGAUGAUGAUUUACACAAUAUAGACACCCCACCUGCAUUACAGGCUAACCCUGCAGCUUUAUGUCGAUCAAUGAACUUCCAAGAAAGUGCUUGAAGGUGAAACCGAAUCUCAACAAAGGAUGAGUUUUCGGAAAGUUCACCUACAUGUACGGCUCAGAAUAUUAGUUGAUGAGCCUAUUAUAGAUUAUUAGUGAUCGUUAACCAGGGAAGUGGAAGCAGGCAACAAGUUUCUGAUUAGGGUAGGGGUGGAGCAGAAGCAGCAACCAGAAGCAUGUCAUCAUCUUGUAGAAUUAUGCAGAGUUUUUUUUUCUUCUUUUUCUCAAAUUUUUCUUGUUUGUGAUCUUGUACAUAAACCUCUUUUUGAAGUGUUUUGAGGUAUAAAUAGAGUGGGUGUGACAGAUACAUUUAGCUAUACUUAGCUUCUUGUUGUAAUAUAUUCUAUCCAAUAAUGAAAAUUGCCUUUGUUUCACUCC